AUGGACAUUUUACAGAAUACGCCCCUGAUGCUCGCUACAAUGAAACGUCGAGUCAACAGUCUUGGAUCCCCGGGGGUGCUGGAGCUGUCUGGGACUCUACACCGCGCGGCCUUCCCGCUGGCGUCCAGGCCCGGGCAUCUUCUCCCUCCACCGGCCUCGCCGCGGCUGGCGGGGCUCACUCGAGACGCCAGGCGGAGGGGCACCCCAACAAGCCAAAGCAGCUGGCGCCCAACUGGCCGCGCCAGGGUGUCCCGGGAGGGGGGACCCCGCGCCCCACCCUCCCCGCCCCGCCGCCCAGGCCGCUGCGCCGCCGGUUACCUGCGGGCGGUGGGGGGAGGCUGGCGGCUCCGCUCCCUCCGCGCCCGUGGCUGGCUCCCGCAGUCAGGCCGCGGCCCCUCCGCCCACAGUCUCCGCGGACCCGGCGCAGGCCGCACAAGGACCCGGAAACGGGUCGACAGCCCAGCCUUCCGUUCCUCUGACGCCACCCGCGAGGCGCGCGAACCCGGAACCGAGCCGCCGCGGCCGGGCAGGUGGUGCCCCGGUCGUGUCGCCUUGAGGUGUGGGCGCCGGGGAAGCCCGCGCUUCACGCCGGCUCCCAGGAGCCCUCUCUGGCUGCAGGGAGACCUCCCUGCGCGCCUCUGCAGCCUGACUGCACAGCUGCCUGGUGUACCUGGGACACAGCCAGUGAACCCAGUGGAGGGACCUUUAUCAGGCUGGCGAACAGCAGAGACAACCAGUUGGCUAGAGGCCUGCAUAAGAACACAAGCAACAAAACUUGUGGCAUUACCGGAAACCAGCAGUACUAUCACAGCAAGCCCUGGAGAUACUAUCACACCUGAAGAACAAGAAAAAGAUUUUAAAUCUGAGGCUAUGAAAAUGAUAGAAGCAUUAAAGGAAGAAAAUAAAGCUCUCAAGGUAGCACAGGAAAAUACAUCCAAACUGAUGAAAGAAUUGAACAAAUCCCUUAAAGAAAUACAGGAAACUACAAUGAAACAGGAGAAGGAAAUGAAUAAAACUGUUCAAGACCUAAAAUUGGGGGGGAGACCUAAAAAUGGAACUAGAAACAAUAAAGAAAACACAAUCUGAGACAAUCCUGGAGAUGGCAAACCUUGGGAAGUGGACAGGAACUACAGACACAAGUAUCACCAACAGAAUAAAAGAGACGAAAGAGAAUCUAAUGGGUAGACGAUAAGAUUGAAGAAAUUGAUAUAUCAGUCAAAGAAUAUGUUAAAUCUUAAAAACUCCCAACACAGAACAUCUAAGAGAUCUGGGACACUAUGAAAAGAGUGAACCUAAGAAUAAUAAGAAUAGAAGAAGGAGAAGACUCCUAGCUCCAAGGCCCAGAAAAUAUUUUUACCAAAAUCAUAGAAGAAAGCUUCCCCAACCUGAAAAAGAGAGGCCUAUAAAUAUACAAGAAGCUUACAGAACACCAAAUAGACUGGGCCAGAAAGGAAAAUCACCCCAUCACAUAAUAAUCAAAACAUUUAAUGUGCAGAACAAAGAGGGAAUAUUAAAAGCUGCAAGGGAAAAAGGCCAAGUCACAUAUAACCUAUCAGAAUUACACCUGACUUCUCAGAAACUCUAAAAGCCAGAAGGACCUGGACAGAUAUUUUACAGACAGUAAGAGACGACAGAUGUCAGCCACUACUACUAUACCCAGCAAAUCUUUUAAUCACCAUAGAGGGAGAAAACAAGACAUUCCACAACAAAAACAAAUUUAAACCUAACAUAUCUACAGAACAUUUCAACCAAACAAAAGAGAAUAUACCCUCUCAGCACCUUACAGAAACUUCUCCAAAAUUGACUCUCUACUUGGUCACAAAGUAAGCAUCAGCAGAUAUAAAAAGAUUUAAAUAACCCCAUGGAUCUUAUCAAAUCACCAUGGAUAGACAUAAUUUUACCUUAAGACCCAGCUAUACCUCUCCUGGGUAUAUACCUAAAAGACUUUCCACCAUACAACAAGGGUACUUGCUCAACUAUGUUUAUAGCAGCUUUAUUCAUAAUAGCCAGAAACUAGAAACAACCUAGAUGUCCCUCAGCCGAAGAAUGGAUAAAGAAACAAAUUUACACAAUGGAAUACUACUCAGCCAUUAAAAACAAAGAAAUCGUGAAAUUUGCAGGCAAAUGGAUGGAACUAGAAAAGAUCAUCUUAAGUGAGGAAACCCAUACCCAGAAAGACACACCUGGUCUUUUUAAGACACACCUACUCACUUUUAAGUUGAUUUUAGCUAUAUAGUACAGGAUAAGCAUACUAUGAGGCACAUACCCAAAGAAGAUAAGUAAUGAGGACCCAGGGGAGGAUGCAUAAAUCUCACUCAGAAGGGGAGAUAGAAUAGACAGAGGUAAUGGCUGAAGAGAAGGAAAAGGUAGGAGAGAGGGCACAGAUAGUUAACAGGGUGGAUAUUAGCCCUGAGGAGAGCAAGGCUGAGAGGACAGGCUUGUAGAGAAAAGAGAAACUGAGGGUGGGGACAUUUCUGUGACAAGCUGGAGACCUAAGACAGGAUAGGCUCCUGAGACUGUAUGAGGGGGACUCAAGCAGUAACCCCUAGUAGCAGAGAUCAUAGAGACUGAAGAGGACAUCCUCUAACUAGACUAGUCUUCUAGUAAAGGGCAGGGAACACCAACCCACCCACAAAAACUUCAGCCCAAAAUUUACCUUGCCUAAAAGAUGUGCAGGGAUAAAGAUAGAGCAGAAAGAACAAAGAUUGAGGGAAUGCCCAACCAAUGCCUGGCCCAACCGAAGACUCACCCUAUUGGAGAGUGCCAACCCCUGACACUAUGAUAUUCUGCUAAGCUUGCAGACAGGAGCCUAUCAGAGUUGUCCCCUUAGAGGCUCUACCCAGCAAUGCUUCAAAACAGAUGCUGAGACUCACAGCCAAACAUUGUUCAGUGCAUAGGGAGUCUUGGGGAAUAGUGGGAGGAAAGAAAAAAGGACUCAGAGUGGGAGGAAAGAAAAAAAGGACCCAGAAGUGACAGGAACUUCACAAGAAAAAUAACAGGGCCAAUUAUCUAGGGCCAGUUAUCUAGGGGUUUUCUGAGACUGAAACAUCAACCAAGGCCUAUGCAUGAACUGGACCUAGGCUCCCUACAAAGAUGUAGCAGAUGAGCAGCUUAGACUUCAAGUAGGUACUCCAGUAAGGGACGUGAGGACUGCAUCUGGACAGACCCACUUGCUAUCUUUCUGCUCACUUUACCCUGGCAGGACUGCUUUGACAGGCCACAGGGAAGAGGACAUGCUCUGUCCUGAUGCAACUUGAUGAGCUGGGGUGUAUGGGAA